AUGAAACCUUUGGUGUUUACGUGGAAUACACCCAUGCAACUUAUUAUCCUCUUAAGCAAAUCUAACCGAAGCAAGACAGAAUGAUUGAAGUAACAGAUCUCCAAAAAAUCGGCAUCGGCUUGGCUAGCUUUGGCAUAUCGUUCUUAUUUCUCGGCAUGUUGCUUCUCUUCGAUAAGGGCUUGCUUGCAAUUGGAAACAUUCUAUUUAUAUCGGGCCUGGGCUGCGUUAUUGGCGUGGAGAGAACAUUGCGCUUUUUCUUUCAACGGCACAAACUCAAAGGGACAACAGCUUUCUUUGGAGGAAUUGUUAUUGUGCUGCUUGGUUUCCCCAUUAUCGGCAUGAUUAUUGAAUCCUAUGGAUUCUUUGCGCUAUUCAGUGGCUUUUUCCCGGUAGCCAUCAAUUUCCUUGGCCGAGUGCCUGUUCUGGGAUCAUUUUUCAAUCUACCAUUUAUGCAAAAGAUUGUUCAAAGACUCGGCGGAGACGGAAAUCGGACAAGGGUAUGAAAUUAAAACAUUUGUAGGAAGUACAUUAAAUUAUACGAGAAUGUUUUUGUAUAAAUUAAAUAAAUUCGUUGUUUUGAAAACGCUAAAAUA